AUGGAGAAGAAAAGCUACCAUUUUUACACUUUCCCUUCAUGUUAUUUCUUGUUUUUGUUGAUUUCUUGGUUAAGUUUGAGUCCAAAGAUUGUAUUUUUAGUGAGCUCUGUUUCUUCUGAUGGACAAGCGUUGCUUUCUCUGCUUAAAGCAGUUGACCCUUAUACUAAAUCAUCAUCUUCUGUGCUUUCUUCUUGGAACCCUUCAAGUUUAACUCCAUGUUCUUGGCAAGGGAUUACUUGCUCUCCUCAAGAAAGGGUUAUUUCACUUUCUAUCCCAAAUACUUUCCUAAAUCUCUCUUACUUGCCUUCUGAACUCUCUUCCCUUUCAUCUUUGCAGCUUCUUAAUCUUUCUUCUACUAAUAUUUCUGGAACAAUCCCUCCAUCUUUUGGUUCUUUUUCUCAUCUUAGGCUUUUGGACCUUUCUUCUAAUUCACUUUCAGGUUCUAUUCCAUCAGAACUUGGUGGGCUUAGUUCACUUCAGUUCUUGUUCUUGAAUUCAAACAGAUUGACUGGUAAGAUCCCACCAGAGUUAGCUAAUCUUUCUUCAUUAGAAAUCUUUUGUCUUCAAGAUAAUCUCCUUAAUGGGUCAAUUCCAUCACAGUUAGGGUCCUUAGUGUCACUCCAGCAGUUUAGGAUUGGUGGAAAUCCAUAUUUGAGUGGUGAAAUUCCUGCACAAUUAGGCCUGCUCACCAAUCUUACCAUGUUUGGUGUUGCGGCGACUGGUCUUUCGGGUGUUAUUCCGCCAACAUUUGGGAAUUUGAUCAAUCUUCAAACACUGGCAAUUUAUGAUACUGAAGUAUUUGGUUCGAUACCGCCUGAACUUGGGAUGAUUUCGGAGCUUAGGUACUUGUAUCUGCAUAUGAAUAAGCUCACUGAUUCGAUACCUCCUCAGUUGGGUAAGUUGCAAAAGCUUACUAGCUUGCUUUUAUGGGGAAAUUCAUUAACUGGACCUAUACCAGCUGAGGUUUCGAAUUGUUCGUCCCUUGUGAUUCUUGAUGUUUCUGCGAAUGAAUUGUCUGGUGAAAUUCCUGGUGAUUUGGGGAAGCUAUUGGUUCUUGAACAGCUUCAUUUGUCUGAUAAUGCACUUACCGGUUCUAUACCGUGGCAGUUAAGUAAUUGCACUAGCCUGACAGCUCUUCAGCUAGAUAAGAACCAAUUAUCAGGGCAAAUUCCCUGGCAAGUUGGUAAGUUGAAGUACUUGCAGAGUUUUUUCUUGUGGGGGAAUUUGGUUUCAGGAACCAUUCCAGCUGCUUUUGGAAACUGUACUGAGCUAUAUGCACUUGAUCUUUCGAGGAACAAGCUCACUGGAUCGAUCCCUGAGGAGAUUUUUGAUUUGAAGCAGCUGAGUAAAUUGUUGCUCCUUGGGAACUCGUUAACUGGACGAUUGCCUCGAAGUGUUGCGAGAUGCCAGUCUCUGGUGAGGUUGAGGCUUGGUGAGAAUCAGCUUUCAGGACAGAUUCCUAAGGAGAUUGGUCAAUUGCAGAAUCUCGUGUUUCUUGAUUUGUACAUGAACCAUUUCUCUGGAGGCUUGCCUUCUGAAAUUGCCAACAUUACAGUUCUUGAGCUGUUGGAUGUGCACAACAAUUACCUUACUGGGGAAAUACCACACCAGAUGGGGGAGCUUGUGAAUUUAGAGCAACUUGAUCUUAGCCGGAACAGCUUUACCGGUGAGAUCCCUUCAAGUUUUGGCAAUCUCAGUUACUUGAACAAAUUUAUUCUCAGUAACAAUCUGCUUACUGGUUCAAUUCCAAAGUCUUUUAAGAACUUGCAGAAGUUAACUCUACUUGAUUUGAGCUCGAAUAGUCUUUCUGGCGAGAUUCCAUCUGAGCUUGGCUAUGUCACAAGCUUAACAAUCGGUUUGGAUUUGAGCUUGAAUCGUUUCACGGGUGAACUUCCUGAAACAUUGUCCGGUUUGUCACAGUUGCAAUCUCUUGAUAUUUCUCAUAAUUUGUUGAGUGGAAGGAUCACAAUUCUAAGCUCCCUGACCAGCCUUACUUCCCUGAAUGUUUCAGACAACAAUUUCUCGGGGCCUAUUCCUGUCACACCAUUCUUUAGAACUCUCACUUCAGAUUCUUUUCUGGAGAAUUCACUCUGUCAAUCAGUUGAUGGUUAUAGUUGUUCUUCACAUAUAAUGGGAAGGAAUGGGUUGAAGUCACCGAAAACCAUAGCUCUGGUUGCGGUGAUUCUGACAUCUGUAGCCAUAGCAGUCGUGGCUACAUGGAUUCUUGUGACGCGAAACCACAGAUAUGUGUUUCAGAAGUCCCAAGGCAUGUCAGCCUCUUCGGUAGGAGCAGAAGAUUUUUCCUACCCUUGGACUUUCAUCCCCUUUCAAAAGUUCAAUUUCACCAUAGACAACAUCUUGGAUUGCUUGAAAGAUGAAAACAUCAUUGGGAAAGGAUGUUCCGGUGUUGUAUACAAAGCAGAAAUGCCUAACGGUGAGGUGAUUGCAGUGAAGAAGCUUUGGAAAACAAAGAAAGACGAGGAGCCAGUAGAUUCUUUUGCAGCAGAAAUUCAAAUUCUCGGACAUAUUAGGCAUCGAAACAUUCUGAAGUUAUUGGGAUAUUGUUCAAACAAAAGCGUUAAGCUUCUUCUCUACAACUACAUUUCAAAUGGCAAUCUCCAUCAGCUCUUGCAAAGUAACAGAAAUUUGGACUGGGAAAUUAGGUACAAAAUUGCCAUUGGAUCAGCUCAAGGCCUUGCUUAUCUUCACCAUGACUGUGUUCCAGCCAUUCUUCAUAGAGAUGUCAAGUGCAAUAAUAUACUGAUCGACUCCAAGUUUGACGCUUAUAUUGCAGACUUUGGACUUGCAAAGCUAAUGAAUUCGCCAAACUAUCACCACGCUAUGUCCAGUGUAGCAGGAUCUUAUGGAUAUAUUGCUCCAGAAUAUGGAUAUACAGCGAAUAUAACAGAAAAGAGCGAUGUCUAUAGUUAUGGAGUGGUGCUGCUGGAAAUACUUAGUGGGCGUAGCGCUGUUGAUUCUCAGAUAGGUGAUGGGCUUCACAUCGUUGAGUGGGUAAAGAAGAAAAUGGGAAGCUUUGAACCAGCUGUUACAGUUCUCGACACUAAGCUACAAGGUUUACCCGAUCAAGUGGUCCAAGAAAUGCUGCAAACGCUUGGAAUAGCGAUGUUCUGUGUCAACUCAUCGCCAGUUGAAAGGCCAACAAUGAAGGAAGUUGUGGCACUUCUAAUGGAAGUAAAGAGUUCACCUGAUCAAGAAUUUGGGAAAACUUCUCAGCCUCUAAUAAAACAGUCCUCAACUCAAAGUUGAUUAAUUUUGUUAUGUUUUUUUUUUUUUUUUUUUGCUUUUGACUAAGAGGAGUAGGAAUUAGUUUUCUUUAGUUCCCAAUAUGAUCAACUUAUUGUUCCAAGCAUUGGAUAAUGUCUUGGGGUCCAUUGUGUACAUAUUUCAGAAACAUUUAUGUAGUUUAUUUGCUU